AUGGGGGCCGCUGCUCAGCCGCCCGCAGAUCGACCGUUCGGUGAUCGGACAGCGGGUAGCCGAUAUCCUCGCCUCGGUGAAAGCGGAGGCGACAAAGCGCUGUUCGAACUGACGCGGCAGAUCGACGGGAUCGAACUGAAAUCGGUCAUCGUCACGCCGGACGAGAUCGGACAGGCAACGGAGAACGUUUCUCCGGAACUGAAAGCCGCCAUCGCGACUGCCGCCCGCAACAUCGAAGCGUUCCACGCGGCGCAGCGUCCGCAACCGGUCGAACUGGAAACGAUGCCGGGCGUCAAGUGCAUACAGCGCGCCGUGCCGAUCCAGCGCGUCGGGCUCUAUAUCCCCGGAGGUUCCGCCCCGUUAUUCUCGACCGUGUUGAUGCUGGCGAUCCCGGCGCGCGUAGCCGGCUGCAAAGAAAUCGUUCUCUGCACCCCGCCCGAUAAAAACGGCGACAUCGCCCCGGCGAUCCUCUAUGCCGCCUCGCUGGCCGGCGCGAUCGCGGCGAUGGCUUACGGCACCGAAAGCAUCCCGAAAACGGAUAAGAUCUUCGGCCCGGGCAACCAGUACGUCACCGUCGCCAAACAGCAGGUCAGCACCUCGACCGUGGCGAUCGACAUGCCGGCCGGCCCGUCCGAAGUGCUGGUAAUGGCCGAUUCGGGCGCCGUGCCCGCUUUCGUGGCUUCCGAUCUGCUGUCGCAGGCCGAGCACGGAAGCGACUCGCAGGCGAUUCUGCUGACGCCGUCGCGCGGUUUUGCCGAACAGGUGGUCCGCGAAGUGGAACGACAACUGGCCGAACUGCCGCGCCGCGACAUCGCGACCCGGGCGCUGGACAACAGCCGCAUCGUCGUGAUGGACAGCGAGGACGACCUGAUCGCAUUCAGCAACGCCUACGGCCCGGAACACCUGAUCAUCUCGAUGGAAAAUCCGUGGAAAAUCGCCGAAAGAAUCACCGCAGCGGAAGCGUCUUCAUCGGAAACUAUACUCCCGAAAGCGCGGGCGACUACGCAUCGGGCACAAACCAUACGCUGCCGACCUACGGCUGGGCGCACGCUUACAGCGGCGUGA